GGUAUAUACUGAGAAUUCCUCCAAUUGCAUGCAUUGUGCACGCCGUGGGUUCUAAUAUUAAUUCUGAAGCUUAUAAGUUGAGGACUUUCUCCACUUGCAUCAAUUGUGUUGGCUGUAGGUUCUAUAUAUACUACUUCAAAAGCUGUUUUAAGACAACUAUUUGGUUUUUUAAAAAAACUUAUAAGGUAUUAUCACAAUGGUGAGAAAAUUGUUGAUAUCAGAUGUAUCCCCUGGGGAAAAAGAUUGGACUUGUAAGGUAUGUGUUGUAAAGAAAUUGGAUGCCCAAGACUCCAAAACUACUCCGGGUAACAAAUACAGACCAAUUAUUCUUCAAGAUGAAGCAGGCUACAAAGUACAGGCGAUGACGUAUGCAAAUGAAAUUGACAUCUUUGAUAAUAAGUUAAGCUUGAAUGCAACAUACAUUAUCACAGAUGCAACUGUAUCAAUUCCUAGAGGGAAUCUUGUGCUUCCGGAUGAAAGAUACAAUUGCCUUUGGACCUUAACUAGAAAAUGUACUGUUAUUGCUGCUCCUGAUGAAGAUAGGCUCCAAGUUAUAGAAGAACCAGAAAUGGAUGAAAUUUCAUUCUCUCAUUUUCACAAGUAUAUUAAUACGAUGAAAAAAAUCAGUGUUAUGGCUAUUGUUAUACACAAGCUUCCAAGAAAGCAUGUUGAUUCAAAAAAUGGGAAAAUUGAUGCUGCAGAUUUUGUGUUGGUUGAUAAGCAGGCAAAACCAGUGAUUUUUACUCUUUGGGGAAAAUAUGCACAAGUAGAAGGAGUUGAGUUAGAGAAACAACUUACAAUAGGGAAUUUCCCUGUUAUUUUGGCAAAAAAUGUUGAGGUUACAAACUACAGUGGACUCUCUUUGUCAACCAGAUUUGGUUCUGUAAUUGAAUUAAAUAUUGCAACACCUACAUCAGAAGAACUUGGUCAAUGGGCAUUAUCAAAUUCUGUCACGUUGCAAUCAUUGAUUUUGACCAACGCAUUCAAUGAUGCAUAUCUAAAGCUUGUUGAUUUGUCAAGUGAGCAAUUUGUCACCAUUGCAGAUGUUAAGAGUUCAAUUAUUGAGGGAAAGAGAUAUUGUAUUUAUGCAAGUAUAAAAAUUCCAAUAAAGGUUAAGAAAUUCUAUUACAUUGCAUGCGAUGGUUGUUGGAAAGGGACUACAAAUAAUUUGGGUGAAGAAUUUGAGUGUUCGUAUUGUGGAAACUCAAUGGCAGUUGCAAAACCACGGUGUAUGAUGAUCAUUGAACUUACCGAAAACAAUGACUUUCUUGAGUCUAUACUCUUUGGAAACAUCGUUGAAGAGCUACCUUCACUUUCUGCCAGCAAAUUGGUUGACAUGGACAAGAAGAAUGAGUCUAUUGAUAUGCAAAACGUUAAUUAGAAGUUGGAUAACAAAACUUUCAAAGUGGAACUCCUUUGCAAAAAGCAAAAUUUUAGGGGAACUGAACAAGUCAGGUACUCAAUUAUAUCUCUGCAGGAGCAGACGAAAAAUGCACAGGCUAAAAGGGUUAAGAGAAAGCUGAUCUAUGAUGACACAGAUGAUAACACUUCAGAUGAGCAUUCGAAACCUUUUGGAGAUUUUGACAAUGAAGUUACUGAUAAAAAAUCUAAAUUGGUCAAGCUUGGAUAAUUCUAUGACCUUACGUCUAUCCAUUUUGAACUUUACCUACAAUGGUCAAAUAUGUAUGAUAUUUUCCAACUUUUCACGCCAUCAAAUGUUGUGCCCUUAAUUUGAUGCUUGGUAAUUCUAAUUUAAAGUCUUUUUCACUA